CAGGACACAGGAAAUAGAAUUCAAGAGUCGGGUGAAAAAACACUAGGGACGCAGGAGGGCCAAGUCUACUCCCGCAGUUACGUACGUUUUCCGGGAGUGUGCAGUGUGACUAUUUGGGGGCCUCCCUCGCCAGUUCCUUCUCCAGUGGAGGUAUUUUGCCCUUAGCCAGCUCUCAUCUGUUAUAUACAGAGUGUCCCCGGAACUAUGGCCGAAUACUCGUAUGUGAAGUCCACCAAACUCGUGCUCAAGGGAACCAAGGCUAAGAGUAAAAAAAAAAAGAACAAAGAGAAGAAGAGAAAAAGAGAAGAAGAUGAAGAAACUCAACUUGAUAUUGUUGGAAUCUGGUGGACAGUAACAAACUUUGGUGAAAUAUCAGGAACCAUAGCAAUUGAAAUGGAUAAAGGAACCUACAUACAUGCACUUGACAAUGGACUUUUUACACUGGGAGCUCCACAUAAAGAAGUUGAUGAGGGCCCUAGUCCUCCAGAGCAGUUUACAGCUGUCAAAUUGUCUGAUUCCAGAAUUGCCCUGAAAUCUGGCUAUGGAAAAUACCUUGGUAUUAAUUCAGAUGGACUUGUUGUGGGGCGUUCAGAUGCAAUUGGACCAAGAGAACAAUGGGAACCAGUCUUUCAAGAUGGAAAAAUGGCUUUAUUGGCUUCAAAUAGCUGCUUUAUUAGAUGCAAUGAAGCAGGUGAUAUAGAAGCAAAAAGUAAAACAGCAGGAGAAGAAGAAAUGAUAAAGAUUAGAUCCUGUGCUGAACGAGAAACUAAGAAAAAAGAUGAUAUUCCAGAAGAAGACAAAGGAAAUGUUAAACAGUGUGAAAUCAAUUACGUAAAGAAAUUUCAGAGCUUCCAAGACCACAAACUUAAAAUAAGUAAAGAAGACAGUAAAAUUCUCAAAAAGGCCCGGAAAGAUGGAUUUUUGCAUGAAACACUUCUGGACAGGAGAGCCAAAUUGAAAGCUGAUAGAUACUGCAAAUGACCAGAAUGUGUUUCUUUCUUCUCCUAUUUGUUUUUUUUCUGAAUAAAAUAAUCAGUGGAAGUGUUUUUACAGAG